CAGAGGAUUUGCGACAUCUGUGGCGAGUUAAGCCACUGAAGAUUUGCACCCCCUCAUUCACUGCAUCAGCUGCCAAAAAAAACAUCCCUGAGCUUCUGCAGGUGUACAAUGCCUGAAAAUGGUUCCUAAGCCUCAUUCCCUUGCUGGUUGUUCAGCGGCAGCAAGGUCGCCUGCUCAGCCUUUGUACCAAGACGAAGGCCAGCACACAAUGACGACCAACGGCGCCUCGUGUUCUUUGUUUCAUUGUUUGAAGGCCAGCGCUUGCAGGUGUAUAAAUCAGUGACGAUCAUGGAACAUUUAGCUCAUCCUUCCUAUCCUCCUUCCCAAGCUCCUCUCGGACAAUCGACAACCGGACUGCCAGUAACCUCAGCCUGCUGCCAAGGUAAGUAUUGCCCUGACCAAAACAUCCGCUAACUUCACCAGCAGCAGCGAUGGAAUCCUUCAGGCCGUCGUCCCCACUUCAGCUGCCGUGUCUGCUGAAGCGCCGAGGCAUUCCGGCCGUAUCUCAGGACGAGAUCGACAAGCUUAUCAAGUUCUCGCGCGGCUCAAAGACAGACCCCAUCGAUCAGGAGAUGAUCGCCCUAUCCAGCCGUUGGAAGCUGGGCACGGAAACGGAGGACUUUAAAGCCGGGCUUUGUCUUGUACGGGAUGCGUAUGGCAUCCCAGUACUCUUUCACGCCGCUCACUGCGGCUCACUAGAGGUCAUUAGGGCCCUUCUAGUUUGGGGGUUUGACCCAAACGCUCAAUACAGGGACCCGGGCGAUACGCCCUUCACGCACGCGAUCUCGGUCCGGCGAAGCUUCGAGAUAGUAACGUUUUUGGCCGAGCGGUCCACAGACCUAGGCAAGGCCAACGACCAGGGAAAGACGGGCAUCGUAAUGGCGGCCGAGUUCGGCGACCGCAAGCUCGUCGACUGGUUCCUAACCAAGGGCGUCGAGCGCCAGGCCAAGAAGCACCCAGGUAGGACGGCGGACGAAAUCCGUGCCGAGUGGAUGCAACAAAUUGCACCCUUCCUAGUCGUACGCAGCCCCACAGGUUUCUCCUGUAUUUCCUUGGGAAGAUCCAAGACCGCUCGCCAAUCCAACGAUUAG